CCUCGGCCACGCAAGCAAGCACGCUGUCAACUCAAUUUACUAGGCUAGUCCCAUCGAGUGACAUUAGUUUGAAGUACACAAUGAUGCAUGCAAACUGUUUCACACACUCGCGUCGAACUUUCCAGCGCGGGGCGCCAUCCUCAUCCUCCUCGCGUGGGCGAUGCCUGCGCGUGCAAGCGCAAGCAGCCGCACCGCGCGACGGCGCUCCGCUCCAAACAUCCCGUCGCCAAAUACUGAAGCUCGGCUCUGCAGCGCUAAUGAUGGCGGGCACGGCGGGCACAGCACUGCCGCAGCUCAGCCCUGCGCUGGCAGCUGGCGCACCCCUGGCGACCGUGGAGCGUAUCGACCUUGCACAGGGACUGAACAUUAGUCGGGUGGUCAAGGGCUGCUGGCAACUGAGCGGCGGCCACAAGGGUUCCAGGGAGACGGACAGGACCAGCGGCCUGGCGGCUGUGGAGGAUUUCGGCAAGUUUGUGGCGGCGGGCGUCACCACCUUUGACGCAGCGGACCACUACGGCCCCGCGGAAGCCCUCAUUGGCCGGUACCUGGCGUCCAACCCCGACCAGCGGCCGCCCAAGACGCAGGUGCUUACCAAGUAUUGUGUGUUCGGGCAAAUGGACAUGGCCACAAUCAACAAGGGCGCAGUGGUGCAGGCCGUCAACCAGUCCCGCAAGCGGCUGGGCGUCGACUCGGUCGAUCUGAUGCAGUACUACUGGGCCGACUACGACGUCAAAAGGUACGUCGACGGAGCUCUGUACCUGUCUGAGUGCGCGGCGGAGGGCCUGAUCAAGCAUGUGGGCGUAACGAACUUCGACGUGCCGCGCAUGGAGGCCAUGACGAAGGCGGGCGUACGGAUUGCGGCCAACCAGUUGCAAUACUCGCUGUUGGACCGGCGGCCCGAGAACGGCAUGUCGGCAUUCUGCGCCGCAAACAACAUCCAGCUGCUGCCGUACGGCGUGUUGGCGGGAGGCUUCUUGUCGGACAAGUAUUUGGGCGUGCCCGCUAGCAAGGUGACCUCGGACACGUACAGCAAGGGCAAGUACGCGCGUGUGAUCAUGGAGGCGGGCGGCUGGAGCUGGUUCCAAGACCUGCUGCAGGCGCUGGACGGUGUGGCCCGGAAGCACGACGUGACCAUCUCCAACGUGGCAGCGCGCUGGGUGCUGGACCGGCCGGGCGUGGCGGCGGUCAUCCUGGGUGCCCGCAACGCCGACCACGUGGAGGACAACCAGCGGCUGUUCUCGUUCCGCCUGGACGCGGACGACCUGGGCGCCAUCGAUGAGGUGCUGGCGCGCGGGCGCCGGCCGCGCAGCGACUGCUACAGCUGGGAGCGCGGCGGCCAGUGGUGAGCCAGCCAGCAGGGGUGGUGAGCCAGCCUGGUGGAUAGGUGGUGAGCCAGCCAGCAGGGGUGGUGAGCCAGCAGGGGGGGGGGUGAGCUAACCUGGUGGUUAGGUGGUGAGCCAGCCAUACAGCAGAGCUGCGCCGUCGCCAACAGCUGGCGGUCUGUGGCCGGAGGCGCGACAGGAGGGCUUUGAAGCUGCGCGCUGUGUGUUGUAGGUCGUGUAGCGCAGGCGGGGCAGGUAACGCAACGCGCACGUGGCAGCUGGUGCAGGGUGGUGCGGAAUGGGUGGUGGCUGCCAGUCCUGCCUUGCAGUGUCGGAGUGCGUGGGCUGGCGCGUUACGGACGUUGUGCGGUCGGACGAGGGUGUGUGCGAAGGCUAUUUGUCUGCACGCAUAUGUUUUUGCGAUGAGGUGACACUUGUGUAGGGCUUAGCACCCGACGCUGCAACCCUAAGGUUGUGACUGAGAAAGCGAAAGAGGAGUACUGAGGGAAAUGCAGAGACGCAGCGCAUGUGGUGCAGUUGCAGCCUGCGCGUUUCUUGUGCCUGGCCAGUGGCCACCUCCCAUGUCCAUCUUCGGAGUUUGCCCACAGU